AUGUUACCCUCACCAUAUUACCUAAAUCUAUCACCUUUAACGGCAAGUGCUGGUCCACUAUUACCACGUAACGAUUAUAUGGAUGCCGGUUUGACGCAUGGUCCUCCAUUGCCAACAAUGUUAACGGAUAACAACUCAUCACCGUCGGUUUCACCAAAUCCAUAUUUCUACUCGAAUAUGCAUCCAUUAAUGGCAAUGCCCAAUAAUAUGUGGUCAUAUCCAUGGUCAUUUCUGCAAAAUACCCAUCGUCCCGAAAAGCCACCAUUUUCGUAUAUUGCUUUGAUAGCCAUGGCCAUAAGUAGUGCACCAAAUCAACGCCUGACAUUAAGUGGAAUAUAUAAAUUUAUAAUGGACAAAUUUCCCUAUUAUCGUGAAAAUAAACAAGGCUGGCAGAAUUCUAUUCGCCACAAUCUAUCACUGAAUGAUUGUUUCGUUAAAGUUGCACGCGAUAAGAAUACGAUCGAUGAUAACGAUAGCGCCGGCAAAGGUAGCUAUUGGAUGUUGGAUGCUUCGGCUGGUGAUAUGUUCGAACAGGGCAACUAUCGCAGAAGGAGAACGAGAAGACAAAGACAGUGUUUGAAAACUGGGACAUUAUUAGGUGAAAGCUUUAAGGCCUCCGAACAACAAGGCAAUUUAGCUGAUCAAUCCUCUGGCAGUAUAGAAUCUAUGUUCAAUAUGAAUUCAUCGAAUUUAUGUUUGAACUACACAGAUCGUAUUACCGAAAUGCACCGACAAUAUUUAGCCUCAAUUGCACCAUUUAAUAUACUUUUCGGUAAUCCAUCUCUGGCCAAUUCUUCGUCCUCCAACAAUUGUUCAUCCCAACAACUGACAGAGGAAUAUUCGAAUCCGAAUUAUGCCUCCACUUCAAAUCAAACAUGUCAUGUUCCCGCCGCCCCUGCAUCACACACAGGUUCAACGAAUUCUUAUGCAGAUGUCGAGUCAUUAGAUUUCUCUGGUGAUGCCCUAUCGAACAGUAGCUGUUCAAGUGAUCGUAUGUUAACUCAGUCACCGAGUGCAUUUACACCCACCUGUUCGCUGAUGAAAAUCAAAAAAGAAAAAUCUCCCACACCAGAGCUGCAAAGUACCACCGCUAAUAAAAGUCCAACUGCCUUUAGUAUUGAGAAUAUCAUAAGAAAAGACUGA